CUGAGUUACGCAAAAGUAAUUUUGAAAAUGAAGUUUUUGGUUUUCUGCAUUGUUUUGAGCGUCUUUGUGACUUUGGUAUUCUCACAGACAGAAAAGCAAUGUCCAGCAAAUUCACAUCAAGGAUGUGCCCCAUGCUGUCCUGAUCCAACCUGUAGUAACAGGAAACCGGGAUGUCCUGACAAAAUAUGCACGGGCGAAUGCAAAUACAAAUGCAGAUGUGACGAAGGUUUCAUCUACAAUAAUGUUGGUGAUUGCGUACGUCCUGACGCUUGUCCUAAUGCUUAACUUUGUUUGUUUGUUUGUUAAAAAGUUUCUUAAAGUAUGUAAUAUAGUAUCUUGUUGCUAAUAGAAAGAUUUGUUAUAAAUUUUUGUUCUGAUUAUCUAUUAUUAUUAUUAAGAAUAAAAUAUCGUACUCCUUAAAUUACAAAAUAAAAUAGUUUUGUAUUCAAUAUUGUUAAUAAUGGAAAUUAUUAUCUUGUUU